AUGAGACGAGACCCCCAGCAUCACUGGUUUGAACAUGUCGUGACCUGCUCCUAUAGUAAGAAUUAUCCGCAGGUUAUUUUACAGUAGGAGGUCCUAUCCUAUUCUACGAGCUUGCCCUGCACGAUUCGCUCUCAUUUAAUAUAAGCUCAUAGCAACUCAAAAGUUAAUGAACUGAGAAGCAUUCUACGGCACCACUUGGAGACAUCCGUAAACAUGGAAGACUUCGAAUACUCACCCAAUCCUGGCCGAGUUAUCUUUGGAAACGGCACAAUCAAAAGGCUCCCAGACGAAUUAAAGCGGUUGAAUCUUUCAAGGCCGGUUAUCCUCUCCACACCAGAACAACUCAGUCAAGCACAAGGCAUUCAAUCUAUUCUGGAAGGACAUGUCGAAGUUGUCGGCAUCUUCUCGAAUGCUACUAUGCACACUCCUGUCUAUGUCACCAACACGGCUGUGGAGUUCUCCCGCGCCGCCGAUUGCAUUGUUUCCAUCGGCGGCGGAAGCACCAUUGGUUUAGGAAAGGCUAUCAGUAUCCGCACAGGAUUACACCACAUUGCCAUUGCCACCACUUAUGCAGGUAGCGAGAUGACUCCUAUUCUUGGGGAGACAGAGAACGGCCAGAAAACCACGCGAUCAGACCCAAAGAUUCUACCUGGCACGGUUAUCUACGACGUCGAUCUAACUAUGACCCUGCCAGUCGCGUUGUCUUGCGUUAGUGCAGUCAAUGCGAUCGCCCAUGCUGUCGAGGCACUUUACGCUCGUCAACGUAACCCGAUCGUCGAGCUCAUGGCGGCAGAAGGCAUCAGGGCACUUGCAUCAUCCGUGCCUGAGAUUGUCGAGAAUCCCGACUCACGCUCGGCGCGGUCAAAUGCAUUAUAUGGGGCGUGGCUCUGUGGUAUUUGUCUUGGGAGCGUUGGAAUGUCGCUGCAUCAUAAACUAUGUCAUACCUUGGGAGGAACUUUCAAUCUGCCGCACGCCCAGACACACACGAUUGUACUUCCCCAUGCUCUCGCCUAUAACGCUCCCAACGUCCCCAAGGCCAUGCAAAUACUAGCUCAAGUAUUGCCCAAUAGUGAUGGGGACGCAGUGAAAGGUCUCAAUGCCCUGCUAAGAAAGCUAAAAGUGCAAAGAGGUCUUCGGGAGCUUGGUAUGAAAGAAUCCGAUGUAGACGCGGCAGCUGAUAUUGCUAUGAAGAAUGCGUACUGGAACCCGAGACCUAUUGAGAGAGAUCCUAUUCGAGAGUUAAUCCGAAGCGCGUGGGCCGGGGAAGAUGCUAGAUCCGAUUUGUAACCUACGAAGACCAUAUGUCAAACCGUGCACGUAAUGGUGUAUACGCAUCAAGACGGUGCCAAAUUCAGAAUACUGUGUCACCAGAGCUUGGUAAAGGAAAGCCUUUGAUAUAUACCCCUAGACAUUGGCUGAUGC